GAUGGAGGUAGCUAGGGAACUUAAGCAGCUUAGGCUCGAGUAUUCUUUGAACAGUCUCAAAGCUUUGUGAAGGUUUAAUCGCAAUUAUUUGAUUAAGGAAAUAUACUCAAAGAGCUCUUUAGAAACUUUGGUACGACCUUGUAUAUGCCGUAUAAAGAGAUUAAACAUUAGUUUAUUUGGCUACAAAAUAUGGCGGACACUGAAUAACAUUUAGAACAUUCAAAAUGAGUUAAACUUGGGUAAAUGUGAGUUAUUCCUUGAUAAAAGGUAUGAAUAAUACCUGUAAUAAUGUCAGAAAUACCUUGAUGAAAUAAAAAGAGAUAUGAUUUAAAGAUAGAGAAACAUUAGGGCAAAUACUUGAAGGAUUGACAAAAUACAAAAUAACAAUGGCGACUUUGGAUAUGAUCGUUAUAAAAGGAAGUAUAUCAUUACAUUGGAUGAUAUAUUCCGCAGUCCUUGGAACAUGUCUUGAGCUGGUUUAUGGACAGGCGACAAAUGGUACAACUGUGUCCCCUACAACGACUGCAGCUAACACAGUAACAGAGGCAGAGGCGUUCAAUUUGAGUCUUUAUGUCCCGGCAUCUGUAAUCUCUAUAGUCCUCCUUACAAGCGUUGCACUGUGUGCAGUUGGUGUGGCUAGAUGUGUGGAGUUUAGCCACACCAAGCGCGAGGCUAACCGCGACGACGUCAGUGACAUGAGUGAACACACUAAAGAGAUGCUUCGAAAAACAAUGCGUGCCACUCAACUCGGAACUGAAGCGUUCAAACUGGAGAUUGAAAAAUCAAAAGAAGAGAAGGAACGUGAGGCUAAGAAGAUAGCGGGAGCAUGGGCGAAUAAGCUUAGAGAGAAAUCUAAAAUGGGUUUCGGAAAGUCAAAGACCUCUAGUCAAAAAAAUGGAGGAGUAUUUAAGGGAUUAAACAUGGCUAAGCCUAAUGAUCAAAAGAAAGACAAUAACCAAAAUACAAAUAGUGAUGAAUCAAAAGACAUUCCAAGCACAGAUGAAACUCUCAAACUUGCUGCGCUUGCGCUUGGCAAAGAAUCUGAUAAACCCAGUGAUGGUGUAAAGGGCACCAUAAAUCAUGCAUUCACAAAGGAUAAAACUGAUCCCAAUGCAGAGAUUAGCCCCAGAGUGUCGUCGGACAAACCAAAGGCAAAGGAGGAUACGCCAAGCAGUAUUAUUAACGUAAGGGAACGCACUGAUAGUAGUGUAACUGCCAAGAGUGCUAAGUCAAACUACAGUGUCUCACACGUUAAAAUUGAAACAUUAUAGACGUUGUUUAAAGUUGCUUAAAUGCAUUGCUUCCAAUUGAAUGGUGACGCUUCAUAAAGGGCGUUGUAUUGCUUCCAGUGGGGUGGUUACACUACGUGUCUGUACAUACGCCUUGAACACCGGGAAAAUACUACCAUGUAUUAAAUGAUCAUGCGAUAAUAUCUAAGUCCAAUUAUUUGCAAGAUAUUUUCAGGCAGAAAACCUUUUGUGGUCAUGCAUGCAUGGCUUUCCAAUAUCUAGCUAAAAUGAUUUGUUAAAUAUUGUCUCGUUAUUUUUGUGCUGGUCUAAGGUCUCGUACAGACAAAAGUGUAAAACAACUCUAAUUGGAGUCAUUUUCAUGUUUGACCUUGACAAUGACCUCAAUGAGUCUACCCUAAUGCUUUGCUUUGCUUUACUAAAUUGUAUUUAGGUCACCAUGGACCUGCUUACAGAUUGCAUAUCGGUGCCAAAAAUGUUAAAAAUAUUUGAAUGAAUAAAGAUUAUUUUCAAUUUACUAUAAGGAAUAACAAAUAUCAGUGUGUGCUUU